AGUAGAGGGGUGUCCAGGAGAAGGUGGGGGAGCUGUGACCCAGAGGGUGGCCCUGGAGGGACACUGGCUGCUGAAGGACACCGUGCAGGGGUGGGCAGCCUGCACUCUCCAGAGGGCUUGAGUUCCCCAGAUUCCACUGCUGGCCCGGGCGAGUGCCUGGAGCUGCAUGGCUUCCUGGAUCGGAGUGAUAAAGUGUGAGAGACAGCACAGGGCCUGUGGGCCUGUGACAGUUUCUGGGACAUGUACGGUGACUCAGCUUUGCCUUUUUUUGUUGUGGAUGCCGUUCUGGGGAUUGGAAUCAGGGCCUCUAACUGAGCUACAGCCCCAGCCCUUUUGUAAUUUAUUUUGAGAUAGGGUCUUGCUAAGUCACUAAGUUACCCAGCUAACCUUCCUGUCUCAGCCUCCCUAGUGUUACAGACCUUCUGACUGACAGGGACUCAGUACACACACCCAUCCCUCUCCUGGCCCUCAUGCUGGAUUAGGCUGCCUAGACCUCGGUCAGGUUGACAUCCGGUCUCUGUGGGGUUUGACCCUUUACUCUCAGAGGUGGGAAUGUGCCCCAGGAUGCAGGGGGCUCACGCCGGGCAACUCCCGUCUUGGGAGAGGGCUUUGUGCCCAUGAGGCCUACUCCAAGAAGUGGGGACAGAGGAAAGAACAAUCUCCUCCUCCUUUCUUUUUGGCUUUGGAGACAGGAUCUUACUGUGUUGUUCAAGUUGGCCUGGAACUCACAGAGCUCCUGCUGCCUCAGCAGACCGCAUGCUGCUUUGAACUGCAGGAUGACGGAGGGGAGUGUCUGCGAUGCGCGGUGCGGACCCAAAAGAUCCCUCCAGGUGCUGGCUGGGGCGCGCCGUCCUCGAGGUGGCCGGCGCCCAGGCCUCUCACCGCAGCCUCUCUUUUGGCGGGAACGGCCCCGCCGUCCGACUCGAUCCCCGAUGCCCGCUCCUAGGCCUGGGGCUUCCCGGCCGCACGGCUCGCGGGGCCGCCGGCUCCGCGUCCUCUCCGGGAUGGGCUCGCCGUCCUCCUUCGCCCGGGCUGUUGAGCGGCGACGACUUGGGCUUCUCUUGUGGAGGAGAUCCGCUUCUCCUCGCCGAGGACUCGCUCUCCUCCGCGGCCCGGCGGCGGCGGCCUCCCUCGGCGCGGCUGCCGCAGUGACCGCGACGGGCUCGGCGCCAGGUGGGGUCGGGCUCCCGCCGCACAGGGCCGCUCGGCGCUCCCGCUUCCCCACCACCGCCAGACCGUCCCGGUACCCACCCCGUUCCCCGGCUCCCCUCCUCUCCACUUCAUUCAAGCUGCCAGCCGCGCAGAGCCAAAGCCAAAGGGGCGGCCCGUCCAGCGGAGAGAGCGCCGGCUGCAAGGAGCGCCUCGCUAGAGCCCCGGACUUCCGCUUCCGGCCCGUGCGCGCCCCAGCAACCCUCAAUAAAGUUUUAUUAGAACACAGUCGUGCUUGUACUUACAGAUUGCCUGUGGCAGUUCUUCUACAAUGGUGGACUUGA